AAUGAGACUAGAUUAUACUGCAUGAGUUGUGUGAGAGUUGGAUGUUUUGAUUACAGUUUUGCUGUUGUUAUAAGUGGUCCCUGUUUACCCCAAUUCAUGAAGAAUCUCUGCCUUUUUUCGAAUCUCUGUUUGCCGUGGGGGACAACAAAGGUUUCGUCAUGAAAUCAACAUAACACAGUGAGGUAUUGACAUAUAGAAAUGGUAAUUUUGUGUGUAAGUUACUCCUUUAAAGACACACCUGUGGCCUGAUUUGAACUCACAUUCUGACCUUGUCAUAAUUGAGAUUCUCUGCUUGUCAUGUGUGUUAUUUCCUUCUGUUUGUCUUGCUUCCUCCCGAGUGUUCCUUUGUGCUCUAUCUGAUUGAGUUAUUCUCUCAGUUCUGCCUCAUCUCUGUGUGUCUGAAUGUUUGUCUUUCUGCAGUGCUGCAUAAUGUUUCAGUGUGUCAGGGUGUUGGCAUUGCAAAUGACUGCAUAAUUCAGUCUCUGACCAACUGUCGGCGGUUUACCUGAAGCCCUGUGGAGUCGGUGAUUCAGUUUCCCGUAUUUACAUUUAAACAGUUAGUUCUCAUUUAGGUGCCAGGUGUGCCUAUCACCACUGUGUCCACACCUCUCAGCACAAGGCAGCCCAACCCAUGCCACUGUAUCACCCACUGGACGAAACCCAACCGCCUCCGCCCAUUGCCACCAUCACUACAAAGUGCCACUCUGCCCAUUUUCAUACUCUGCCAGUGCUCUACACACCUGCUCACCUUUGGCACCUUUACUUAAACCAGCGACAUAUGCAGCUAAACUUCAAGUAUUAGCCUCUUUGUCUCAUUAUACUGGGAACAAACCAUCCUGCACACAUCUCCCAGUAUAUUUCCUAACUUCUGACGGAGGAAACAACAAUGGCGCCUUCAGUUCUACAGAACGGUGGAUUCAUUUUGGGGCUGAUCGGUGCAGCAGCCCUCAUUGCAGCUACUGCCAUGAAUAAUUGGAGUGUCAAGGACAGGCAGGGGGAUGUGGUAACGUCUGUUUACACCUACAAGGGCCUGUGGCAGGACUGUGAGACCGCCUCAUCGGGGUUCACAGAGUGUCGCCCGCUCUACGGCCUCCUGGGUUUCUCAGGCACCUUCCAGGCUGUGCGAGCCCUGAUGAUAGUGAGCGUGGUGCUGGGUGUCAUCGGGACGCUGAUAUCAGUUUUCUCCCUCACCUGCCUCACAAUGAACAGCAUGGCAGACACCACCAAGGCCAAGAUGAGCCUCGCUGCCGGCAUCAUGUUCGUCAUCGCUGGUUUGUGUGGCAUCGCAGGAGCUUCUAUCUACGCCAAUCAGAUUGUGACCACUUUCAGGAUGUCCACCUACAACAACUAUGGAGGAGGAUACAACAUCAUGGGUGGAGGGAUGGGAGGAGGAAUGGGUGGAGGGAUGGGAGGAAUGGGAGGAGGAAUUCCCAGAUACACAUUCGGCCCUGCGCUGUUUGUAGCCUGGAUUGGAGGCGGCGUCCUGCUUAUUGGUGGCAUCCUGAAGUCAUUGGCUUUCAGGGAAAUGGCGAAAGAUGAAAAACCACAUUACCCCGGGGUCGCCUACAAACCUCAGCCCCGCACCAAAUCUGAGCUCAGCGAUCACCACUCAGAGGGCAAGAAAACCCAUGAUUAUGUGUAACUUCAACAUGCAACCUAAGCACUACGAGUUUUUAUUUGUGUAUGCUUGUAGCUGUUCACAUGCAGCAGGCUUUGUGGGAUGUUUUUUGUUUUUCAGUUGCCUCAUAUACGCACUAAAUACUAUGUCUUUACUUUAUGUAAACAGCAGACAAACAACAGAAACAGCAGUCCAACAGGUGUAAUAAGAAAUGAGUUGUGGCUAAAUAUGUAGUUUUCACACACACAUCUCUGUGGUUACUGGAUAUUUAUAAGUGCUGUAUGUAAUUGAAGUCUUUUUUACUUGAGUUUUGUGAAAUCAUUUAGUUUUUAUUUUAAUAAAACACUGAUUUGUGAAAUAUGUGUUUGAAUACUCUGAAAAUAUAAAUGCUAAAUUAGAUCAUAACAUGCACAACUGAUUAUUCACAUAUAUAUACAGUGUUGGGAAGGUUAUUUUUAAAAUGUAGUAGGUUAUAUAUUAGAAAGUAAUAUAACUAUUUUAAUUACUUCAUCAAAGUAAUGUAACUUUUCUGACAAAUGUUUUAAACUGAGCAGUAAAGCUGAAAAAUGUCUCUGCCAAAAGAAGAUAUUCCUGCACAGCUGAAAGAUGCCAAACAACAGGAUGAAUGCUUUAGUCUACAUAUAAACUUUUUACC